CUUAAAAACUUCAAACUCAGAAAAAAAUUGGGGUUUCUAAAUUCACUGUUGAGUGCUGUGGAUUACUUUUGCAAAGCCUUUUCGGAGCGCUUCUGAAUUUUCAGAUUCUUUAACUAUCCCUGAUGGUGCCUGAAUGUGCGGUUGAUACAGGCAACAGACUUGCAAUGUUGGAGGGCAGGGACAAGGAAAAAGAUGGGCUUGUUAUUGUUGAACUUUUGGAUGCUCUUCAGUGACUCCUUAGCAUGAGGGAUGCCAGCCAGUCCCAGUGGAAAUGGAGAGAUACUCGGAAGCAUUAUCAGUUGUGAGUGAGGAUCAGUCAUUGUUUGAGUGCGCCUACGGAACACCACAUCUGGCUAAGACGGAGAUGACUGCGUCCUCCUCUAGCGACUAUGGACAGACAUCCAAGAUGAGCCCCCGUGUCCCUCAGCAGGACUGGCUGUCUCAACCCCCAGCCAGGGUCACCAUCAAGAUGGAAUGCAACCCUAGCCAGGUGAAUGGCUCAAGGAACUCUCCUGAUGAAUGCAGUGUGACAAAAGGCGGGAAGAUGGUGGGCAGCCCAGACACCGUCGGGAUAAACUAUGGCAGCUACGUGGAGGAGAAGCACAUGCCCCCCCCAAACAUGACCACGAACGAGCGCAGAGUUAUCGUUCCAGCAGAUCCUACGCUGUGGAGCACAGACCAUGUCCGGCAGUGGCUAGAGUGGGCUGUGAAGGAAUACAGCCUUCCAGACGUGGACAUCUUGUUAUUCCAGAACAUUGAUGGGAAGGAGCUUUGCAAGAUGACCAAGGAGGACUUCCAGAGGCUCACCCCCAGCUACAAUGCUGACAUCCUGCUCUCACAUCUGCACUACCUCAGAGAGACUCCUCUUCCACAUUUGACUUCAGAUGAUGUUGAUAAAGCCUUACAAAACUCUCCACGGUUAAUGCAUGCUAGAAACACAGGGGGUGCAGCUUUUAUUUUUCCAAAUACUUCAGUAUAUCCUGAAGCUACGCAAAGAAUUACGACUAGGCCAGAUUUACCUUAUGAGCCCCCCAGGAGAUCAGCCUGGACUGGCCAUGGCCACCCCACCCCCCAGUCAAAAGCUGCUCAACCAUCUCCUUCCACAGUGCCCAAAACUGAAGACCAGCGUCCUCAGUUAGAUCCUUAUCAGAUUCUUGGACCAACAAGUAGCCGCCUUGCAAAUCCAGGGAGUGGCCAGAUCCAGCUCUGGCAGUUUCUCCUGGAGCUCCUGUCAGACAGCUCAAACUCCAACUGCAUCACCUGGGAAGGCACCAAUGGCGAGUUCAAGAUGACUGAUCCCGAUGAGGUUGCCCGGCGUUGGGGAGAACGGAAAAGCAAACCCAACAUGAACUAUGAUAAACUCAGUCGUGCCCUGCGUUACUACUAUGACAAAAAUAUCAUGACCAAAGUCCACGGGAAGCGCUAUGCCUACAAGUUUGACUUCCAUGGGAUCGCCCAGGCCCUCCAGCCCCACCCUCCAGAGUCAUCUCUGUACAAGUACCCCUCAGACCUCCCGUACAUGGGCUCCUAUCACACCCACCCACAGAAGAUGAACUUUGUGGCUCCUCACCCUCCUGCCCUCCCUGUGACAUCUUCCAGUUUUUUUGCUGCCCCAAACCCAUACUGGAAUUCACCAACUGGGGGUAUAUACCCCAACACAAGGCUGCCAGCCAGCCACAUGCCUUCUCACCUGGGAAGUUACUACUAAAGACCCAGUGGAGGUCUUUCCCAACAGCAUACAAUCACCAGUACAUUGUCACAAACUCCAUGGGAGAUCAUGCAUCAAAAGUGCCUCAAGAGAAUUGAAAAAGCUUGAUAGACUGGAGGAGAAGGAAGCCAGGGAAGAGAUCCAAAGAUUCUUGGUGGGAGGGAGUUACUGAAGUAUUACUACAAAAAUAGAGAGGAUGCUAAAAUGUAAUGUAUAUGGACAUAUAAUCUGUGGACCGGCCUUGUAAAAGACAUUGUAUGUAGAAGCAUGAAGUCAUAAGGACAAAGUGCCAAAGAAAGUGGUCUUAAGACAUGUAUAAAUUUUAGAGUAGAGUCUGGGAUCUUGCUAAUGCAAACUGGGAUUAAACUAAAGCAAUAGAGAUAACACAGUUUUGACCUAACAUACCAUUUAUAAUGUCAUUUUAAGGAAAACUACCUGUAUUUAAAAAUAGAAACAUAUCAACACCAAAAACAAAAACAAACAAAAAAACCCAAAAAAACAAAAACAAAAAAAAUAAAAAAAGACACGAGAGAGACUGUGGCCCAUUAACAGACAUCGAUGUGGAGCUCGUCGGCACUUACUGUCUUGGUUGAAAUCAGAUACAUUCUAUUUGAUGGGGAGUUAUCAGCUCUCUAAACUGUGAAGACGACCCAAAGUUUUCAACUUCUUUACCGUAUUAGAGGAACUAUGAGCCAAAGGGUGGACUGAGCACGUGUACAGAGAGUGAGUGUGAAGACAGAGGGCUGGAGGAGGAGGAAAAGGAGGGGAGAGAGGAGGAGGAGGUAAGGACUGAAAAAGAAUCUUCGCAAGCAGUAAAGACCGGACUUAGAGAACAUUUUGGGACUUUGGAGGAUGAGUCAUGAGACUUGAGGUUUAACGUGGUCAGUGUUAUACCAAACCCAGUGUUAUGAGAAAGGACACAGUGUAAUGGGGGAAGAGGAAGUAGUAGAAUUCAGAAACAAAAAUAUGCAUCUCUUUGUCAAAAGAAAAUUUAACUGGAAUUGUCUGAUAUUUAAAUGAAACAUUUAGGACCUCAUUGUUAUGUGGGAGCAUUGUUUUCCACAGGGUCAGGUAAAGAAGGCUCUUGCCUUCUUAGCUACCACAAGCAGAAAUCACAUAGGCCUUUUGGGUAGGUGGGCUCCAGUUUUCCUUAUCGAGUCGCGAACGCUGUGCGUUUGUCAGAAUGAAGUAUACAAGUCAAUGUUUUUUUUUUUCCUUUUUAUAUAAUAAUUAUAUAACUUAUGCAUUUAUACACUACGAGUUGAUCUCGGCCAGCCAAAGACACACAUCAAAAGAGACAAUCAAUGAUAUAAUGUGGCCUUGAAUUUUAACUCUGUAUGCUUAAUGUUUACAAUACGAAGUUAUUAGUUCUUAGAAUGCAGAAUGUAUGUAAUAAAAUAAGCUUGGCCUAGCAUGGCAAAUCAGAUCCACACAGGAGUCUGCAUUGGCACUUUUUCAGUGAGUGAAGUUACUUAAUAGACACUUGUGCUAAAUGGGAUGGAUUUUGUGUAAUAAUUUUACUUUGUCCAGGAAUUAUACAAGUGACAGCUAAGCAAUUAGGUCGUUUGGCGUAGCCUAACAGUGUCAGCCUUCUGGUCCUUCUUGCUCUCUCUCCUAUUCCUAGCCCCUUCUGAAACAGAGGGACCACCCUGGGGCCUCCAUAUUAAUACCCAGAAUGGAAAGAGGCCUCUAAAGCUGCAGAUGUAAUUGAGAUAUUCCAGUUCAGCACCUCUCACACAAAUCGUUCUUC